AUGUCUGGAAUGGAUUUGCCCCCGCAGGCCGCGGACGAUACGAGAGUCCUCGGCCAGGAUCCCCUCAUCCCUCCGGCACUUCUCACCUCGGAGAUUCCCAUGACCGCCUCGGCCGUAUCGACCGUCGUCAAGGGACGAAACGAUGCCGCCGACAUCGUCAUGGGCCGCAGCGACCGACUGCUUGUCGUCGUCGGCCCCUGCUCCAUCCACGAUCCCGCUUCCGCUCACGAGUACGCGAGCCGGCUCAAGGACCUGGCCGAGAAGAUGUCGAAUGAUCUGUGCAUCGUCAUGCGCGCCUACCUCGAGAAGCCUCGCACCACGGUUGGCUGGAAGGGGCUCAUCAACGACCCGGACAUUGACUCUUCCUUCCAGAUCAACAAGGGCCUGCGCGUCUCCCGCCGGUUGUUCGUCGAGCUUACCUCCAACGGCAUGCCCAUCGCGAGCGAGAUGCUCGACACAAUCUCCCCCCAGUUCCUGGCCGACUGCAUCUCCGUCGGCGCCAUCGGUGCGAGGACGACCGAGUCCCAGCUCCACCGCGAGCUCGCUUCCGGCCUCUCCUUUCCCGUCGGCUUUAAGAACGGCACCGACGGCAACCUCGGCGUCGCCAUCGACGCCAUCGGCGCUGCCGCCUCCAAGCACCACUUCAUGGGAGUCACGAAGCAGGGCCUGGCCGCCAUCACCCGCACCAAGGGCAACGAGCAUGGCUUCGUCAUCCUCCGCGGCGGAACGAACGGUCCCAACUUUGACAAGGAGAGCGUUCAGGCGGCCAAGAAGGCGCUCGCCGAAAAGGGCCAGAAGCAGGCCAUCAUGGUCGACUGCUCUCACGGCAACUCUCAGAAGAACCACAAGAACCAGCCGAAGGUGUCCAAAGUCGUCAGCGAUCAGCUUCGUGAGGGAGAGAGGGCCAUCAUCGGCGUCAUGAUCGAGUCCAACAUUAACGAGGGCAACCAAAAGGUGCCCGCCGAGGGCCCCUCGGGCCUCAAGCCCGGCAUCAGCAUCACCGACGCCUGCAUUCACUGGGACGACACCGUCUCGGUGCUCGAGGACCUGGCCGACGCCGUUCGCGCCCGUCGGGCAGUCAAUGGCGACGCGCCCAGCGGCGAGAAGGCCAAGGUAAGCAUGCUGGAGGAGGAUUGA